CACCCCCUUACAAUAACCAACCUCUUAUCUUUUCUUUUCUCACAGAACUAUGGGCAAAAACAAAGGUGGAGGAUUUAACCUUUUUGAAAGCUACCUUGCCUCAGGACUUGCUGCUCAAGAAGGAGGUUCAACGGACCAACACAUUCCGUUACCUGACUCAAUGAGAACUACUACACUUUUAGAACAAAUUGGUCAAGAUCGUAAAUGGUCCGAAGAGCAAAUUGAAGUCGAUAUCGCCAUUUUGGAAAGCAAUCGCCUGUACUAUGUCAGUGAUCUACGUGAGUUGUCUAAAAGUAGCUGGAAAGCAAUUGAUUUGUUGCCUCUCGUCAAGGACUUAUUAAGAAAUGCAUUGGAUCCUACUGAAAAAGAAAACAUAAAAGACAAAAAGGAUAAGAAAUCCAAAAAGGACAAAAAGAAGUACAAGAAAGAAAAGAAGGAAGCCAAGAAGGAAGCCAAGAGAAUGAAAUUGGGUGAGCCUGUUGUUAGUGGUCCUAUUAUCAAAGACGACAUGGUCGCUUUGGAUCCUGAAACUAUUAGGAAUACAAUUCAAAAUAUAAAGGCUGUGCAAGGUGAUACAGCAGCACAGUCAAAGCCGGAUAAAAAAGAGAAGAAGGACAAGAAGAAAAACAAAUCCGUCUCCUUCUCCAAAGAUGAUCCAGCUAAAAUGAACGGUGAUUGCAGUGGUAGUAGCAGUAGUAGUAGUAGCAGUAGCUCAAGUAACAGUGAUUCCGAGUGUGACGAUAAAUCAUGUAAACCAACAGAAAUGAAACCAAAGGUUUUUACUGGUCGUCCUAUUCAAGCAGUGAGUGCCAAUCGUAUCAGAGUUCAAACGGUAGAUGGUGUCUAUGAAGCUGAUCGUUUUUGCCCACACAAAAAAGUCGAUUUAUCUACCUGGGGUCAAGUAAUUGGAAAUACUCUUAUCUGUUCAAAGCACAAUUGGAAAUUCAACCUCGAUAACGGUUCUGUUGGAACCAAAGGAAGAUCCAUUAAUCCAUGUAAAGUCAAUGAUUGGUAGAUGUAUUUUUUUAUUCUUUUAUACAUAUAGCUAUCCUUUUCCCCAUUUGUACACACAUGUCUAUAAUUCAAUUUUCUUUUUUCGUUUACUUCUUCUUGGGCUUGGGGGUGGAAAUGGCCUGAGGCUCGACGCCCUUUCUAUAUCUCUCAACCCAACUUAAAAUAUAUCUAUCAUAUUCAUGUAAUUAAUACUCG